AUGUUCCCACUCAUUCAAGAAUGGCGUGCGAUUGGCAGAAGACAUCGCGAUCUUGGAGUAUACGCUUAUUCGGAGAGAAGCACGUACGCCGACCAGAGCGAUGCUCUUGGUGACGUCAUCUGGCAAACACUUUAUUCGGAAGUGAUUUGUAUGGGUCUCGCCUUCCUUGUUUUCAUACCAGAUCUCGUGUCUAUCCUUGCAGGCAUGCUCAGUCUACUAAGCGUAAAUCUUGGGGUUCUCGGAUUCCUUUCCUUAUGGGAUGUUGAUAUUGAUCCUAUCUCAAUGGCCUCUUUACUUAUGUCGAUCGGAUUCAGUGUCGACAUAUCAGCUCAUAUCAGUUAUCACUACUAUCAAGUAAAAGCACCGGUAUGA